AUGCCGCCGAAACGACCGAUCCGGAACGUGUUCGACGAUGACGACGAAGAGCAGCAUGGCCCGGGUGCGACGCCGCCCAAGAAGGCGCGCGCUGAGGCGAACCCUGCUCCAGCAACGGCGAACGGGGCCAAUAGCAUCCAGGCGCAGGUGGCGGCGGCAAAGGCCAGAGCUCAGGCACUGAUGGCUGCCAUGCAGAAGAAGGGAUCACAGCCACAAUCAGCACCAGUACCAGCACCAGCACCAGCACCAGCACCAGCAACAACACCAGCACAGGCCCCGGCACAAGCGGCGACACGGCCUGCAUCUGGGAGCAUCCAGGCGCAGCUCGAAGCGGCACGCGCCCGGGUGCAGGCACAAGUAGCCGCGCUCAACAGCAAGACCAAACCGCCCGCUGCAUCCACCCCUACCUCACGUCCCGCCGAAGAUCGAGCUCCAGGCCCCUCUUCUGCGUCUUCAAGCUCGACUGCAACUUCGUCUCGCGCACCGACGGGCAUCCACCCGUUGCUCCUCUCCAGCGCGGUUCCGAAAGUCGACACGAUUCGCGGGAAACCCGCCGUGCCUCCAGAGUCGAACCCGUACCUGCAGGCCAGUCGUGAAGCGGCGGACGAGGGCGGUUCGGGUCCCAAGGCGCGCUCGAUGCGCCGCGGCUUCCACUUUCACAAACCGGGCCGCCACAUCGAAGAAGCCGAGGAGCUGCGUCACGACGCACACGUCGCCGCACUUCAGCGCCGCCUCGAAGAAAGCGCGCGCCAACCGGACCACGAAGACAACCUGCGUCGCCCCGCUCCACCGGACAUCGAAUGGUGGGAUGCCAACCUCCUCUCCACGGCGUCGUACGACUCCAUCCCCGACCUUUCCCCCACCUCACUGCUUACCGCCGAGGAUUCGCCCGUGUUGCUGGAUGGUGCGUCGAGCGUGAUCACGGCGUACGUGCAGCAUCCGAUCCCGAUCCCUGCGCCCUCGGACUCGAUCGAGGUGCGCCAGCGCGGGCUGAUGCUCACCAAGACCGAAGCGCGCAAGCUGCGCCGGCAACGCCGCGCGGCCGCACAGCAAGACACACGCGACCGGAUCAAGAUGGGCCUGCUCCCGCCGGAGCCUCCGCGCGUGAAGCUGUCGAACCUCAUGCGCGUGCUCACGUCGGACGCUGUUGCGGACCCGACAAAAGUCGAGGCGCGCGUGAGGCGCGAGAUCGCCGCGCGCCAAGACGCACACGAGCGCCACAAUGCCGAGCGCAAACUCACGCCGCAACAGCGCCUCGACAAGCUCGAGCGUCGCAAAGAGGCCGAGGAGAAGAAGGGGCUGUUGUGUCAGGUGUACCGCGUCAAACACCUCGUUUCGCCCGCACACAAGUUCAAGGUGCGCCGCAACGCGAAUGACCACGCUCUGACGGGGGUUACAGUGCUUCAUCCGGAUAUGGCGUUGGUGGUGGUGGAGGGGAGCGCAAAGGCGCUCAAGGCGUACAAGCGCUUGAUGACGGUCAGGAUGGAUUGGACCGACCCUGGCGCUGCCAAACCCAAACCCGACACUGCCGACCCCGAGGCCGAGGAAAAGGUGGGUGCAUGGACGCUGCUCACCACCUCCACCGAGGCGGUCGACUGGCCCACCAACACGUGCGAGCUUGUCUUUGAAGGCCCCAUUCGCGACCGAUCUUUUGCCGGUCGACCGUUCCGCGCCGUUUCGGCCACCACCGACGCCGACGCCCGCUCCGCACUUGGGGCAAUGCAGGGCUACUGGGACGUUGCCAAACGCUCCACCACCGACGACUCGUCAACCUUGUGA